UUUUUACCAUGUCCGGGAUUAAUCUUCUGAGAUCGUUCGUCAUCGAGCGACUAACAGCAGCAGCUGAGGAGAUAUUAGGAGCUUUCGAGAGGACGAUAGCGGAGUAUGAGGACGAGAGAGAGCGACAGAGGAGACUGCUGGACAUGGUGUUGAAGCCCAGGAUCACGUUACACAGAAUAGACUAUGUACAGUUAUCUGAUCAGCAGCAUGGUGAGCAGGAGAGGAGCCCCAGUCUGGCCAAGGAGGAACAACAGGAACUCUGGAUCAGUCCACAGGAAGACCAACUUCCAUUGCAGGAGGUAGCUGAUACCUCUGACUUCAUAUUUACCCCUCUUUGUGAUGGAAAUGAUGAUGGUAAAGAUCAGCCUCUGCCCUCGCAACUCUACCAAACCCAGACGGAGGGAGACACAGAGCCCCCAGCUGUCACUUCAUUUGAACUGAUACAACUAGAAGCCAAAGAAGAGAACUUGCUAAUAUCAGAACCAACAAGUGACGACCAUACCCUCUCUAACUGCUGUCAUGUAACUAAGAGUGAAGCUGACUAUACUUGCAGUCGCCAAAACUGUGAGGAAGUGUGUUCAACUCAGAAAAAAAGGCUGAAACCUCACAAAAAUUCCUACAACAUGUGCAAGAUUUGUGGGAAAGUGCUUUAUAAUUUGGAAAUUUUCAAAAUUCACAUGACAUUUCACACGGGGGAAAAGCCUUUCAAAUGCACCACUUGUGGGAGAGAGUUUACCUGGAAGUAUGACCUGGAGAGGCAUACAAGAACUCAUACAGGGGAGAAGCCAUUCAGAUGCACCACAUGCGGGAAAGUGUUUACCCAUGAGUCAAGGUUUCAAAGUCACGUCAGGACUCAUACAGCCGAGGAGCCAUUCAGAUGCACCACGAGCGGGAAAAUGUUUACCCAGAAGUCACAUUUACAAGUGCACGUAAGGACUCAUACAGGGGAGAAGCCAUUCAGAUGCACCACGUGUGGGAAAAUGUUUACCUGGAAGUCACAAUUGCAAAUACACGUAAGGACUCAUACAGGGGAGAGGCCAUUCAGAUGCACCACAUGUGGGAAAAUGUUUACCCAGAAGUCAAGUUUUCACAGGCACAUAAGGACUCAUACAGGGGAGAAGCCAUUCAGAUGCACCACAUGCGGGAAAAUGUUUACCUGGAAGUCAGAAUUGCAAAAGCACAUAAGGACUCAUACAGGGGAGAAGCCGUUCAGAUGCGCCACAUGUGGGAAAAUGUUUACCUGGAAGUCACAAUUGCAAAUGCACAUAAGGACUCAUACAGGGGAGAAGCCAUUCAGAUGCACCACAUGUGGGAAAAUGUUUACCCAGAAGUCAAGUUUUCGCAGGCACGUAAGGACUCAUACAAGGGAGAAGCCAUUCAGAUGCACCACAUGUGGGAAAAUGUUUACCCAGAAUUCAAAGUUAGAAGUGCACGUAAGGACUCAUACAGGGGAGAAGCCAUUCAGAUGCACCACGUGCGGGAAAAUGUUUACCUGGAAGUCAGAAUUGCAAAUGCAUGCAAGGACUCAUACAGGGGAGAAGCCAUUCAGAUGCACCACAUGUGGGAAAAUGUUUACCCAGAAGUCAAGUUUUCACAGGCACGUAAGGACUCAUACAGGGGAGAAACCAUUCAGGUGCGCCACAUGUGGGAAAAUGUUUACCCGGAAUUCAGGAUUGCAAGUGCACGUAAGGACUCAUACAGGGGAGAAGCCAUUCAAAUGUACCACAUGUGGGAAAAUGUUUACCCAGAAGUCAAAUUUACAAGUGCACCUAAGGACUCAUACCGGGGAGAGCCAUUCAGGUGCUGCGAUUCUGGAAAUUGUUUCAGCUCAAAAUGUACUCUCAAACGACAUGGCAUGAUCCACCGAGGUGAGAGGCAUCAAAGGCAAAAAGAAGAAAAAGAAGUUAAAUGACUAUUCAUCUUAAUUAUUUGUAACCAUUUUAUAUCGGCAACAUAUGUCAGGGGGUUAAAUUGAAUCAUUAUAAGGGUGUA